UAAAAAAUGGAUAACUCUAAUAGUAGUGGCUCCGAAAUGGAUGAAAACGAAAAUGGUGGCGGCAUCUAUGAUGAAGAAGACUUCAAGAAACCUGAAGAAAGAGAAGAAGAGGCCAAGAACCCCUCAGCUAAAGAGCAGACAGCUGAUGAGCUUAAGAAAGAAAUUGCUGAUUAUCAAAACCAGUUGGAGGAUAUUAACGAAUUGCUUAAAACGGUGAAAGAUGUGAAAUCUGAAGAAUACGCUGAGAUCCAGACGCUGAAGAAACAGAUUACUGAUGCUAUAGCUUAUUCCACUGACCUGAUCAAGCUAAAAGAGUCUGAUCAGGGUAAGAUCAAGAUAUCGAUGAGAACCCUCACAGAGAAGGAUAAAGGAAAGGUAUGUGAGGCAUUUUUCGACAGCGAACAAAAGUGGUUCGCAGAAACCCAAACAGCUGAAAUUGACUGGUUAGGGUAUACUGAGAAAACAAAUGUCCCCGCUAAAUUUAUUAAAAUCGCUAAGCAUCCUGAAGCUUCACAGCUGGAAGAAGGAUAUUUCUGAGAAUCACUCUAUGAGAAAGACGGAUGCUGGUAUCCAUGCAUUAUUGAAAAGAAACUAGGUGAAUUUUAUGUGGUGAGAUUUAAGAAAUUUGCCAAUAGAGAGACAGUCCCUCUCGAAUAUAUCAGGCUGAAGCCUGAAGAUGCUAAAAAGAAUAGAGAGAAGGAAAAAGAAGGUCUUGAGAACUUUGUAGCCCCUGAAAAGCUUAAAUUAAAGCCUACAGAUACUACUGAACAAAGAUUAGCUAAAAGAAAGAAAGUUAAGGCUCUCAAGCAGAACCAUAAGAGAAAGAUUAUAGAUAAAUAACAACAGAGAGAAGCAAGAGACUUGGCUAAACUUUCAGCAUAAAGCUUCUAGAAAUAAGAGAGGUCACUACCAAGCUACUAAGAGUAAGAACUCUAUCUUCAAGACUCCUGAUACAUUCGAUGGAAAGGUCGGUGUUGUUGGUAGUGGAAAAGGUGUCAGCUCUGAGUACCAAAGAAAGAAGCAUACGGAGCAUCACGGAAGCAUUGCCACACCAGAUGACCUGGGUUAUAGACCUUCUAAGCGCUCUAAAUACCGUGAGUAAUUGGUUCAAAUAGUUUGCCUUCCUAAG